CACCGAUCCAAUGCCUCCUCGAAUACGACUCCCUGCGCGGACGCUGCGAUCAGCAUCGACGACGCCGGCGACGACGACGACAGUCUCUUCAACACCAGCUUCUUAUGUGUGCCGGCAGUGCAGACAUGCCUCCAUCGCAGCCAAUGCUAUACCGACAACGCCCGCCGCACCCAUCGAGGCCGGCAGAGGACCUGCUCCUCCAGUGAUGCGAUAUCCUUCAGUGCAGCCGCCGUCACAUAAGCCACCCGAGUUCCGGAAAUCGCAGCUGCAUCGCCAAUAUCAGUCGCUGUUGCGCGCCUCGCCGAUCAUGCUCAUCUUCCAGCACAACAACCUCAAGGCCGUCGAGUUCACUGGUAUCAGGAGAGAGUUGGCCGCCGCUCUGCGGAAGGUGGACGAGGAGCUGGCCAAGACGGGCAAUAGCGAUUUUGCAGGAUCAGAGGCGAAGCUACAAGUCGUGCAGACGGGCAUCUUCGCUUCUGCUCUCAAGGUCGUGGAGUUCUGGAACCCCAAGUUCGAGCCUGUCGGUGCAGACGAGUCACAGCCCGCUGCAUCGAACGAGGCCUUGGGGGGCGCGUCCAAGCUGAAGCAUGUGCAUGGGUUGUCGCGAUACGCGUGGAAAGCAGCCAAGAAGAAUCCGAAGCAGCACGGACUAGAACCUCUGCUUUCAGGGCCACUGGCUCUGCUCACGAUACCUGCUGUUUCGCCUCAGCACUUGAAGGUAGCUUUGUCUAUCCUUGCCCCUAAUCCAGACUUUCCGGCGCCAAAGAGGAGGACGAAUCCUAGUUACUAUGAGCCCGCUGUGCAAAACGGGCUGCAAAAGUUGAUGUUGUUGGGAGCAAGAGUGGAAGGCAAGGCCUUUGAUAUGGAGGGCGCCCGAUGGGUUGGUGGCAUCCAAGGAGGACUGGACGGUCUGAGAGGUCAACUGGUUGCUAUGCUGCAAGGACUGAGCGCCAGCAUUACCACCACUUUGUCCUCGGCAUCUACAAAUCUGUACUUGACUAUGGAGAGUCGCAAGACGAUGAUGGAGGACGAGGCGAAGCCUAAAUCUGAAGAGGAUAAAUGAAUGAUGGGCACCAUGACAACCACGCUGUGAAAGUGAUUGCCACUGUAAAAUCAUCUAAUCUUGCUUGAUGGCACUCUGUCCCGAGUCAUCCAGGCGCGACCAAAGGAAGUAUGGAAUCCUUUUGUGGACCAUGCCGGCGCUAUAUAACAGAGCAAGGUCAACAGCAAACCCAAAUGAACGAGUCUGUAUCUCUAAGAGGUGCUGGGAGCCCACACACAUACACCGACCGAGCUCUAUAACCUUUGUAAAACCACCACCAUUCCAAUACCCUCCCUGCCCGCGCUAUUUUGAAGCAGCAGCAGAAGCAGCAGCAACCAACUUCCUCUCCGAAACAGGACUCCACGCCCACGCAAUCAUACUCAAAUGCAACUCUGAAACUUUUCCCUCUUC